GCGGGCUCGUGCAGCACUGGGGCGCUGCAGUGCUGCAACUCUGUCCAGUCCGCGGACAGUGCGGCCAUCGCGCCGAUCCUGUCCCUCCUGGGGGUCGUCCUCCAGGACGUGAACGUUCCGGUCGGGCUGACCUGCUCUGGGAUCACCGGCGUCGGCGUCGGAAGCGCGAACGGCUGCUCCGCCACUGCCGUAUGCUGCGAGGACAACAGCUUCGGCGGGCUCAUCUCCAUCGGCUGCCUCCCUGUUUCGCUCUGA